UUGUCUGUGAUUGGUUUUGUAGGUGGAUUUGACACUGCACAUGCUGCCGCAAGGGCAUAUGAUCACGUUGCGAUUAAGUUUCGUGGACUUGAUGCCGAUAUUAAUUUCAACAUAAGUGAUUACGAGGAAGACCUUAAACAGAUAAAAAACUUGAGCAAAGAAGAGUUUGUUCACAUUCUUCGCCGUCAAAGCACUAGGUUCUCUAGAGGAAGCUCAAAAUACCGGGGUGUUACCCUGUACAAAUGUGGUCGAUGGGAAGCUCGGAUGGGGCAGUUUCUUGGGAAAAAGUACAUCUAUCUUGGAUUGUUUGACACUGAAAUAGAAGCUGCAAGGGCCUAUGACAAGGCUGCUAUAAAAUGCAACGGAAGAGAAGCGAUCACCAACUUUGAACCCAGUUCGUAUGAGGGGUCGUUAAGUUCCGAGACUGAAAACGGAGAUUACAACCAAUCCAUAGAUUUGAAUCUUGGUAUUGGUAACCCUUUAUCUAAACAGGAAGACGGGAUAGCAUUUUGUAAACGGGUUAGCCGGUUAUAAAUGAGCCAUCGUCAAAUUGUAAACAUGUUAAAUGGGCAGGAAAGUUGUAAUAAUAUGGGUUCUAAAACCGACUACCAUAUGGUGCUUAAAGUUGUGUCAAAAACUGAUCAAUUUCGUGCCAUGAUUAAGGUUGUGUCACUAAUUGUCAUCUCUAUCUAUGAUUAAUUUAU